AUGCCACAGCAGACUGGACGAUUAGUUGAUAAGCGCAGUAUUUUGGAUCUUUACAAUUAUCCUCAAUUAGCGCCUACUCAGAUUCAGCAACAGCAACAACCAGAACCGAUGCAACAACAGGCACCUCAAGUCGUGGAAAUGCCACAGCCCAAUGGACAAAUACCAGGCGGCAGUAACAACCCCUUCAUGUCCAACGUAGCGGCAGCACCGACCACGUCCAACGGAUCUGGUAGACAAAUUAGUCGGGAGAGUAUGAUGAUAGAUGCUGGGAGUUGGCAAAAUGGGAGACAUAGCCCAGAUGCAUGGGGACAAAUUAGUGGGAGGCGGUAA